UUUUCUUUGUAGUUUUUUCCAAUACAAAACAAUGUCGGAUCCGCUUGUUGCGUUGAUGGUCGCGAGUGGCGUGCCCAGCGUCUCGGCCGAGGAGACUGCGCGCAACACCAAGCUCGCUGCCCAGGUCAAGGCUGCCUUUGAGACGGCGCGUGCGUUCGCUCCGUCCGCCGACACGGUGCUCAAUGGCACGCUCGUGCUGGCUACAGCAACCCGCUUCCCAUCCACUGGCUCGGAAGACCAGCGCAAGACCGUCCUCUCGUACAUUGCACGUGGCAAGAUCACCCGUGAGAUCCAGCUCGCAGCUGCUCUUGCCUUCAUCAAGGAAAACCCCGCCAAAGCGAUCGACGAGGCCUCGUUCGACUCGAUUGUCGGUGUUGGCAUUGCACCGACUCCGGCCGAGAUCAAGGACGCCGUCGCCGCCCUGAUCACCCAGGUCAAGGCCGACUUGGUGGCCCAGCGCUACCGCUUCAACUUUGGCACCCUCUUUGCCGAGCUGCGCAAGCACCCUCGCUUGAAGUGGGCGGACGGCCCCGUGGUCAAGGAGCAGGUUGAUGCGGCCGUGCUUGCCACCCUCGGUCCCAAGACCGACGCCGAUAACGCCAAGGUGAAGGCCCCUGCCAAGACUGCCGAGCCUGCCGCCGCCGCCGCCGCCGCCGCUGCCUCUACCUCUGCCAGCAGCACCAGCACCACCAACAAGGCUGACGCUGUUGCCACGGGUCCCCUGACGGAGCAGCAGAUUGCCGGUGCGUUCUUGCACUUCCACAAGGUCGGAGAGAACUACAAGACCGAGAACUAUGUCGUCACUCCCAAGACCGACGAGCUGCUCAAGAAGCACGUUGCCAAGAUCAACGGCAAGGUCCACACUCGCUUCCCCCCGGAGCCGAACGGCAUUCUUCACAUUGGUCACGCCAAGGCCAUGCACAUUAACUUUACUUUUGCACGCGUUAACGGCGGCAAGUGCAUCUUCCGCUACGAUGACACCAACCCCGAAAAGGAGGAAGAGCGCUUCUUUGUCGGCAUCCGUCAGAUGGUCGACUGGCUCGGCCACAAGCCCGCUGCCGUCACUCACACUUCGGACUACUUCCAAGAGCUGUACGAUCUGGCCGUCGAGCUUAUCAAGCGCAACCACGCCUAUGCCUGCCAUCAGACCGAAGCCGAGGUCCGCGACAACCUUCCCAGCAAGUACCGCGACCGUCCCAUCGAGGAGUCGCUCAUUGUCUUUGAGGACAUGCGCAAGGGCAAGUACGACGAGGGCAAGGCCACUCUUCGCAUGAAGCACACCAUGGAAGACGGCAAGAUUGAUCCCGUUGCCUACCGCAUCAAGUUCCACCCCCAUUUCAAGACCAAUGACAAGUGGUGCAUUUACCCGACCUACGACUACUCGCACUGCCUGAUUGACUCGAUGGAGAACAUUACGCACUCGAUGUGCACCAAAGAGUUCCAAAACCGCCGCAUGUCGUACUACUGGUUGUGCAACGCCCUCGAUCAGUACUGCCCCGUCCAGUGGGAGUAUGGCCGCCUGAACAUGAACUACACUGUCAUGUCCAAGAGGAAGAUUCAAAAGCUCAUCGAGCUGAACAUUGUGCGCGACUGGGACGACCCACGUCUCUUUACGCUCAUGGGUCUGCGUCGCCGUGGUUUCCCUGCCGCUGCCAUUAACGAUUUUUGCGCUCGCCUCGGUGUUACAAUGGCUUCCGCGACUGUCGACCCGCAGCUCCUCGAGUCGUGCGUGCGUGACGAACUCAACUUCUCGGUGGACCGCGUCAUGGCCACUCUUGAGCCCCUCAAGAUUGUGAUUGACAACUACGACGAGCUCACUCUGACCACCAGCACACUGCCCGCGGGCGCCAAGGAGGCCGUGUCGGUCGCCGUCCCCGCAAAGGGCACCAACGCCAUCGAGGUGCUCCGCAUUCCCGGCGACGCCUCGAAGGGCCUGCGAAGCGUCCCUGUGGGCAAGACCAUGUUCAUUGAUCGCAGCGACUUCCGCGAGGCAAAUGAGGCUGGCUUCCGUCGCCUGACCCCGACGCAGCCUGUUGCUCUCAAGUACUGCUCGCUCCUCAUCACGCUUGCUUCGAUCGAGCGCGAUGCUGCUGGCAACCCGACCGUGCUGCACGUCACUGGCGCCCCAGUCACCGCCGCCAACAAGCCCAAGGCAUUCAUCACCUGGGUUGCUGACGUCCCCGCAUCGGCUGGCCUCGCCAGCUCGGCACGCACUGUCGAGCUUCGCAUUGUCAAUCAGCUCUUCCUCCACAAGAAUCCCGAAGACAAGGAGACCGUUCCCGGCGGCUGGCUGUCCGACGUCAACCCCAACUCGCUCGUCGUGCUCAAGGGCACUGCAGUCGACGCUGGCGCUGCUGCUGCCAAGAUUGGCGACUGCUUCCAAUUUGAGCGCUUUGGCUUCUUUGUCGUGGACACGGACACGACUGACAAGCAUCUCGUUUUCAACCAGAUUGUCACUUUGAAGGAGGACUCUGGCAAGAACUAAGCUGGCAUUUAUCCAGGUGGGAUGUUGUUUGUUGUUUCGGUGUGUUUUUGUUUGGUUUUUUACUUGGAAUGAAAACUUUGACCAGAA